AUGAAAGGAAGAGAAGGAACCAUAGUCCAACUGAACUGGAUCCCAGGACAUACGGGCAUCUAUGGUAUCGAACUAGCUGACAGAACAGCCAACGAGGGAAGGGCAAAAUGUAAUCAUUACACCAACAUUGACUUCACACUUAGGACUUCAUACUCAGCAAUGCGACGCAGAAUGCGAGAACGCUACACAGCUCCAUUGAAAAUUGAAGCUUCGAGAUUGUCAGUCAUCAAGUCCAAUACCUCAAAAACAUCAGCCGGAAAGCUGACAGCUGCAAAAACUGCUAAGAUCCUCAACGAACUACCCAGAGCGACACGGUGCCUAGCAACCCAGCUACGUACAGGUCACUUCCCUACGACAAAGUCAUAUCGCUACCGAUUCAAACUGAUCGAUUCACCUAAAUGCAGGACGUGCGGCGUAGAUGAUAACAUCUCGGACAGAGUAUUUAUAUGUAGAAGACACAUGAUGACAAGAAUGACCUUACGAAGAAAGAUAACCAAGAUCAACGUUCGGUUCGAAUUAGGUCCAAUGCUCAGGAACGCACAAGCUCUUCAAGCCCUUUACAAGUUUUUCAAACCGCAAUUGACUACACACCAAAGAUACUCCGGUGGUUCGGCGUAA